AAUCCGAUCCAGUAAGUUUCAAGGCAGAGCAACAGAGGAGAAAGCUUGGCGUCGGCGGCCAUGGCGGGGCUGAUGGACAAGGCGAAGGGGUUCGUGGCGGACAAGAUCGCGCAUAUGCCCAAGCCGGAGGCAUCGCUGGACAAGGUGUCCUUCAAGAACAUGACCCGCGACUCCAUCACCGUGCACAGCAACGUCAACGUGACCAACCCCUACUCCCACCGCAUCCCCAUCUGCGACAUCACCUUCUCCCUCAAGUGCGGCGGCAAGGAAGUUGCGUCCGGCACCAUCCCCGACCCGGGCUGGAUCGAGGACAGCGGCGAGGUCACCAAGCUGGAGGUGCCGGCCAAGGUGCCCUACGACGUCCUCAUCACGAUCAUGAAGGACCUGGGCAGGGACUGGGACAUCGACUACGAGCUGCACGUCGGCCUCACCAUCGACCUCCCCAUCAUCGGCAACUUCACCAUCCCGCUCGACACCGCCGGCGAGUUCAAGCUCCCCACCAUCGGCGACUUCUUCGGCGGAUCCAAGACCGAGGAAGCUGCAGCUACCACUUAGGAAAUGUUCUGCUCCAUCUAGCUUGCUCUCCAUCUUCAUGGGCAUUGUAUGAGCACGAUCACAGUAAUAAUAAGCUAAUAUGCAUGGUUCAGGUCCCGGGAACUGAUCACUUGUAAAAAACCCCUACGUCCUGGUUGUGGUUAUGGGGUUAUAUGUGUGACGUGUUGGUGGAUCCGGCUUCCAGGUGAAGCCAGAUGAGGCAUGGUCUUUUCUGUUGGGCAAGAACAAGCUAUAAACUAGUUAGAAAUGGGAUGAUCUCAUCGCUUCGUUAUCUCCGAGUGCCAGAGAGAAAGAGGGGUCUGGGCGUUUGAUCGAGCCUCCUUGUGGUUUUUUAUUGCCUUUGUUGGGUUGAGUUGUUUUUUUGCUUGUUCUCUUCCUCAGAGGACCUAUUUAUAAUACUACCUCCGUUUCGGUUUA